AUGACACGUGUCGAAGCAUCAUCGUUCAAUCCGUCCGAGGGAGACGAGGGAGACGACGACGAUGAUGGGAGAUUUGGGGGGGAUUGCGCGGAGAGCGGAGCGGAGGAAGGGAGAGCUGGCGAAGAGGGUUUGGGGACUGAGGGAGCGCGGGAAAGCAGGGGCAACAGCAGCCAUAAGGGCGCAGCGGACGACGAGAGGGGGCUUCGCGGCUUCCUGCGGCAGUGCCGCCCGCGGGCCUGGUGGGCAAGCAGCACGCGCUCCGACGAGAGCUGCGCGGAUGGCUGCGCGGAAGGCGCAGAGGACGCCGGGGGCGGAGAGGGGAAAGCGGCCGCGGCGGGGGCUUUUUGGAAGUGCAGCAUGACGGCGGAUAGCAUGGGGGGGGCAGCCUGGCGCGGUCGACGAGCGAGAUGGACAGAGAGGUGCUGCAAGGCAGAGGCGUUUGCGCGCGUGGUGGGGCUGCAGCAGCGCGUGCAACACUACCGCGACCUGGGCGGGUUCGUGGUGCUCAUGGCGCUCUUCAUCACCAUCCUCUACCUCCAAGCCGACUCCUCCCGCAGCUACAAAAUCACUGCCGCGCACUCCGCCCUCUUCCCCCCGUACGGUCCCCCUCUCCUCCCCGGCGUGCUCUUCCCCACCGUUUUUCUAACUCGCAUUCAUUCCAGCGCAUAG